UUUCAACACUGGAAAUGAUGGAAAUGUGUUAUUUACAAAGUAGCUCAACAGAAGAACCUUGAAGGAUAUGUGGGGUUUGCAAAUCUUCCAAAUCAAGUUUACCGGAAGUCUGUGAAGAGAGGAUUUGAAUUCACACUCAUGGUAGUAGGUGAAUCUGGACUGGGAAAAUCAACAUUAAUCAACUCAUUAUUCUUAACAGAAUUGUAUUCCCCAGAGUAUCCAGGUCCUUCACACAGAAUUAAAAAGACUGUACAGGUUGAACAGUCAAAAGUUUUAAUCAAAGAAGGUGGUGUUCAGUUACUACUUACAAUAGUUGACACACCAGGAUUUGGAGAUGCUGUGGAUAACAGUAAUUGCUGGCAGCCAGUUAUCGACUACAUUGACAGUAAAUUUGAGGACUACCUGAAUGCAGAAUCUCGAGUGAACAGACGUCAGAUGCCAGAUAAUAGAGUGCAGUGUUGUUUAUACUUCAUUGCUCCUUCAGGACAUGGACUUAAGCCUUUGGAUAUAGAGUUUAUGAAGCGCCUGCAUGAAAAAGUGAAUAUCAUUCCACUUAUUGCCAAAGCAGACACACUUACCCCUGAGGAAUGCCAACAGUUUAAAAAACAGAUAAUGAAAGAAAUCCAAGAACACAAAAUCAAAAUAUACGAAUUUCCAGAAACAGAUGAUGAAGAAGAAAAUAAAAUCGUUAAAAAGAUAAAGGACCGUUUACCUCUCGCUGUGGUAGGUAGUAACACAAUCAUCGAAGUCAACGGCAAGCGAGUGAGAGGAAGGCAGUACCCCUGGGGUGUGGCAGAAGUUGAAAAUGGUGAACACUGUGACUUCACGAUUCUGAGGAACAUGUUGAUAAGAACUCAUAUGCAGGACCUGAAGGAUGUCACUAACAAUGUACAUUAUGAGAACUACAGAAGCAGAAAACUGGCAGCUGUUACAUACAAUGGUGUUGACAACAACAAAAAUAAAGGGCAGCUAACAAAAUUUGACACAGUUGAAGGCAUGAGCCCGUUGGCACAGAUGGAGGAGGAAAGGAGGGAGCAUGUAGCCAAAAUGAAAAAAAUGGAAAUGGAAAUGGAACAGGUGUUUGAGAUGAAAGUCAAAGAAAAAGUUCAGAAACUGAAGGACUCUGAAGCUGAGCUGCAGCGACGCCACGAGCAAAUGAAAAAGAAUUUGGAGGCACAACACAAAGAAUUAGAGGAAAAGCGCCGCCAGUUUGAGGAUGAGAAGGCAAACUGGGAAGCUCAACAACGUAUUUUGGAACAACAGAACUCUUCCAGAACCUUGGAAAAGAAUAAGAAGAAAGGGAAGAUAUUUUAAACGCAUCAUUGACAUGACCACCAGUUAUGUAUUAGUUGCCAAUAUGCCAGCCUGGACAUCAGUGUUUGUUGGAUCCGUUUGACCAAUUUUGCACCAGUUGUACAUCCAUAGUAAUGGAUUUAACAGCAUGACAAAUUUCUUUUGUUGAUUUUGAUGGAGAAUGAGAUGCCUUGAGUUGUCUAGGGUGUUGUGUACUUGGAAAAAAAACCCAACAGCUCUGAGUACCUUUUUCCUUUUUGUUGUUUUUCCUUUUUUUUUAAAAGAAAACCAGAUGUCAUUUUAAUGCAAAAGAGAACAUUUUACUGUUGUACAAUCAUGUUCUGGUGGUUGGACGGUUUACAGGAGAUUCAAACUGCAAGGACGGUUUUUAGCCAGGAUAAACUGCCAUCAUAUGAUGAUGCAAACGAUGCUUCUCUGUUGUUAUAAUCCAAGAAUUCCAUUCAGUGCAGCAUAUACAAUAAUGUAAUUUAGUCUAACACAGUUUGACCCUAUUUUUUUUGACACUUCCAUUGUUUAAAAGUACACAUGGAAAAAACGGAAGUCGUAGGCUUACAGUGCACCUGAGCUUUUUAUAACGACCCUUUUAUGUUUUGGAUUCUUUAAAUAUAUGCUAUUCUCAUUUAGUAACUUCUUUAGCCAGAAGGAUCUCAUUACUGCUUCAUUUUUUUUUUGUAAUAACAUAUAAUUUAGAUAUUUUUCCAUAUAUUGGCCCUCCUAAAUAGAAUAUAGCUUCUUUCAUAUGGUAGGAACCAGCGAGUAAAACUUUUUCCUUUAACUCCCUUUUUACAUUUUAUGGUAAGUAGCAGGAAAAUGCAUUUAUAGGUCAUUUCUAGGCAAAAUUGUGGAGUUAACUACCAACCUGUUUCUACCUGUGUGCAGUCUUUCUUUAUUUUACUAGAAAUGGGAAUAUGGCCUCAAGGAAAAUAAAAAAGCCACAACAAAUAAAACAAACAAGCAACCAAACCCAACAUCACCGUUUUGCAUUUAGCUGUAUUCAUACCCUGCAUUUCUGUAUUUUUGUUUGUAUUGUAAAAAGUCACAUAAUAAACAAUGUUGUGAUGUAA